GCCGCCAUCAGUGAAAGACAAAGACAGAGUUUAUUGAAGGACAGUGAGAAGAUGAGUGAUCCAGAACCCUGCAGAAUUAAACAGGAAGAGACUGAAGAACUAAUAGAUGUGAUGGUAAAGGAGGAGAGUGAAGAACUGUGUGAAGAUGAGGAGAAACAUCAUGUCAAGAGUGAAGAAGAAACUCACCCAGAGUACAAACACAAUUUUAUAAUGAAAAGGAAAGAUUUCACCUGCACUCAGUGUGGAAAGAGUUUCACCCGCAAAUGUGAUCUGAAGUCUCACAUGUUGAUCCACACUGGAGAGAACCCUUACAGGUGUUCACACUGCGUCAAGAGAUUCUAUUGUUCAGCACACCUGAAAUCGCAUGAGAAGACCCACACUGGAAGGAAACUGCACAAAUGUGAUCAAUGCAGCAAAUUAUUUUCAAGACCUUCAGAGUUAAAGAUCCAUCUUAAAAUUCACACAAAGGAGAAGCCUUAUUCAUGCUCUGAGUGUGGAAAGAGUUUUAUACAUCAGUCACAUUUAAAAACACAUCAGAAGAUCCACACUGGUGUGAGAGAGUUUGUGUGCUUUCAGUGUGGGAAGAGUUUUAUUAAAGCUGGAGAUUUGAAACGACACCAGAUAGUCCACACUGAAGAGAAACCAUUCACAUGUACUUUGUGUGGGAUGAGUUUUAAACAGUCAUCAAACCUUGAAAAGCACAUGCUGCGCCACACUGGAGAAAAACCACACAAAUGUGAUCAAUGCGGUAAAACGUUUUUCAGAGCUUCUCAUCUGACGGACCAUCUUGAAGUUCAUGCACAAGAGAAACCUUAUGAAUGUCCUGUGUGUGGAAUGAGUUUUAGACGUUUACGAAAUUUAAACGAACAUCAGAAGAUCCACACUGGUGUGAGAGAGUUUGUCUGCUUUGAGUGUGAGAAGACUUUCAUUAGAGCUACUGACCUGAAACAACACCAGAGGAUUCACACUGGAGAGAAACCGUACAUAUGUACUGAGUGUGGGAAGAGUUUCAGAGUUUCAUCAUCUCUUACUUCACACAUGCUGCGCCACACUGGAAAAAGGCCACAUAAAUGUGAUCAAUGCUGUAAAUCAUUUUUGAGGCCUUACGAGCUGAGGAAACAUUUUCUGACUCAUACAAGACAGAGCCUUAUUCCCUGUUAACAUCAAUGAUAUUUACCUUCCUGGAAACUCUCAACUGUAUUCACGAACAUCAGAUUUCACAGCUAAAUGUAUGUUAAUGAAUGAUAUUACAUUAACUCUCAAUUGACACUUCACAGCAGUUUGAUUGACAGGUGAUCCAGUCAACUAUAACCAGAAACUCUGUGCCCCCGUCACUGUCCACCAUGUUUUUUGACAGACGUAGCAAUAGAGUAGCAUUGGCUUUUAACAUAAACAUGGUGAAGAUGUGCUCUUAUGGAAAUGUUAAUUGUGACAUGACAGAAUAACCAACAAGUUACCUGAGGCCUCGAAGUUGACUGGUGAGAUGAGCUAACUUAAACUGUAUAGCCUGGACACCCAGAUAAACAAUCAGUUAGUCCUUAAUUUAAUAGAUGCAGCAGUCUCAGCAGGGAACCCCAAACCUUUCUCUCUACAGACACUUUCUCCAGCACUUUUGGGUGGAUUUUAAGGUGUUCCCAGGCAAGCAGAGGGACAUAGUCCCUCCACCAGGAUCCUGGAUUUUCCCUGUGUCCUCUUCCCGAUGGGACAAGUCCAGAACAGCUCCCUAGGUAGGCAUCCAGUAAUCAUUAAAAAUAGAUGCCCAAACCACCACAGCUAGCUCUUCUUGAUGUAAAAGGUCAGCGGCUCCACUCUGCACUCCUCUUGUUGACAGAACUCCUCACCCUUUCCCUGAGAGUGCUCUCCAACACCCUGCAAAUGAAACUCAAUUCAACCACUUGUCCUUUCAGUCAUGCCCAUAAGGUCUGUUUCUAAGGUCUUGUCCUUUAGGUUGAUGGGAGUUUGCCAUGUGCUUCUGUGGACACGAAGAAGACAUUUGAACAUGUCCCUUGUUGCAUUCUGUAAAAAUCUGCUGAGGACGUAUGGGGUACGAGACACUUCUCUCGUUCCCCAGGUAUUCCUACUCUCACAACAUUGACCUUGAGGUCAUGACCAAAAGGACGUCAGCCUUGUUAUCAGGAGCUUGUCCUUUUGGUCAUGACCAUCAUGAGUUUUAAAGUGUUUUUUUUAUGUUGUUGCUGGUGUCGAUGUGACAUAAUUUUGUUUAGCAUUACAUCUACUGUGAAGUUUUAAAUGACGAAAUAAAGGAAAACUGAAACAGAACUCGGUGGUUUUCCCUAUUGGAAAGAGGUAAGAUGUGUAAUUUUUACUGUUGGUCAGCAGUUGGCAGCAUCAAUCCUUUAGAUAGGCCUGUGUUAAGACUUUUCUGGCUUUUAUAUGGAGUUCUGUAGAGUGCAGAAAUUAUAUUUACUAUGUUCUCCGAGCUGAGUUGCUUAUUUUCUCAGACGUAUGAAGAUAAGUGCGCGAAGAUCUCUCUCACACUAUACUCCAUGUGAAAGCCAGAAACUACACAUUUUUUGGCGCUGCAGCUGAUGAUAAACAGCAAAAAAUACCAAAUUUACUUCUUCCCAACAGGGAAAAUCAGCAACAAUCUAAAAUACAUGAUUAUAUACUGUCAUGGCCUUUGUGAUUAAAAAAAAUGUCAUUAUAAUUGAAGUCAAUUGGGCAAAAACAGCCCCCAACAUAAUGAAAGGGUGGUAAAUUAGUGUAUACUUGAGUUUUUGAAAAAUUUCAGCUUUUUUUCCAAAAAAAAUCUGUCAAAAUAAGAUUCGUCUUUAAAAAUCAUUCCAAUUGCUGAAACACUGUGAAAGUUAUGCCCCAAAUUAAGACUCAAAAUCAUCCCAGAGUGGAUGAAAACACCCCAACAGCACACAAGGGUUAAAUGUGGUAUUUCACACGUGUUCAAAGCUGUUAAAUCUGUUCAUUCCAGAA